AUGCAUGCAUGCACAACACUUAUAAAUAUCUAUUGGUUUUUGCUGCUGCUGCUGCUGCUGCUGCUGCAGCAGCAGCAGGAACAGCAGCAAUACCAGCUGCAUGAACAGCGCCACAACCAUGAGCAAAAGGAGACAGAAGAAAAGGAAGAAGAAGAGGAGACAGAAGAAGAAGGAGAGACAGAAGAAGAGACAGAAGAAGAAGAGGAGGAGACAGAAGGAGAAGAAGAGGAGACAGAGGAGACAGAAGAAGAGGAGACAGAAGGAGGAGAAGAGGAGACAGAAGAAGAGACAGAAGAAGAAGAGGAGACACAGCAGCAGCAGCAGCAGCAGCAGCAGCAACAACAGCAGCAGCAGCAGCAGCAGCAGCAACAGCAGCAGCAGCACCCCUCAGCCAUCCUGCAGCAGCAGCAGCAGCAGCAGCAGCAGCAGCAGCAGCAGCAGCAGCAGGAGCAGCAGCAGGAGCAGCAGCAGGAGCAAUGCAACAACAGCAGCAGAUGCAGCAGCAGCAUGGCAACGGUAACAGCAGCAAGUGAACAGCAACAUCAUCAAAUCAACAGCAGCAGCAGCAAACCAGCAGCAGCAGCAGCAGCACAGCAGCAGCAGCACACCAGCAGCAGCAGCAGCACACCAGCAGCAGCAAACCAGCAGCAACAGCAGCAGCAGCAAACGAUCAGCAGCAAAGCAGCAGCAGCAACAAACCAGCAGCAGCAGCAGCAAAUCAGCAGCAGCAGCAACAAGGCAGCAGCAGCAAACCAGCAGCAGCAUCAACAAAGCAGCAGCAGCAACUCAGCAGCAACAGCAGCAAACCAGCAGCAGCAGCAGCAGCAGCAGCAGCAGCAGCAAGCCUCACUUGACGAUAGCAUCAUCAGCGAAUCCGAUUUGUAUAGAAGCAAAGAUAAGAGCAGCAGCAGAGUCAGGGUCUAG